UCCAAUCACAGAACAGUUAACAAUUACCGGAAGUAAAUAAAGAAAAUGGAGAAAAAUGUUGAGAUUUUGGAGUCAAUGUUCCAGCAAGCAGAAUCUGAUCUGAAUUAUUUGUCCAGGAAAAUUGAGUUUGAAUUUGAUAAAGAUAAUGAAGAAAAUAAGGUGAACCCAGCUAAAAUGUUACAGAAAAUUCAAGACAUCAAGAAAGAAUAUGGAUCUAUUGUCAAAGAGGCAGCUGCUAUUCAGCAAGUCCAAAAGGAAGCAGCAGAUUAUUUUAAGACACAGAUUCAGACUGUAUGUAAAUUGUUAGAAGAUCUACAACAAAAAACAGGAAAAUCAGAUAAUGAUAGACCCCAGGAACUUGAUAAGAUAGAGGAAAUAUUGGGAGUUAAAAUUCCUACAGGUUGUGAGAUUCAGGGUCCAUCUGGUGACCAGAAAGAUACAGGAGAGGUAGAAGAAAACCAUACAUAUACUAUUGAUUCUAAAAAUAAUACAGAGGAAGAAAACACAGCAGGAGCGGAGAGUUGUUUAUCCCCUGCUGAGUUACGAUCUGGUUCCUGUGAGUUUAUAGAGAUCACUGAGUCAGAGUUUGAUACAGUAUCCUCACUCAUUAAAGGAAGAGUUAAACUUUUAGAAGUCAAUAUGGUAUACAGAAUAUUGUGGAGACAUUUUAAAGAGGAAGGAAACAAAUCGCCUUUGUCAACAAGUGAAAUGAAUAAAAUGGGACUGAAAGUGUUUGGUUCAACGGGAGAAGCUAAGUUAAAGGUACUCAGAGCUCUAAAAUUACUGACCAUCUCAAGGAAUAAAGAAGUACAGCUUGUGUAGUGAAAUUAAUAUAAAUAACCAGAGGUGACACUUAUGUGACAUUCAUGUGUAUGGUCAUAGGAGAAGAGACAAUAUGUGACCUGUAUGCUUGUAGUAUGAAGAGAUGCCAGCCACAGUUUUAUUAUGUGAACUGUGUGGUCUUUGUAUCAAAGAACAUCACAGUCAUGACAGUUAUUUGAAAAAAUAUGAGGGAAUAACCAAAGAAAAUGAAAAAUUGAUGAAAUUUUCAAAUGAGAUAUCAAAAUGUAAAGAAGAAUUGAAAGAAAAACAAUGAUGAUACUAUAAGUGAAUGUUAUGUAAAUUCAUAAGCCAUUUAUGGCUUUACUUACCGUAUUCAAUGGUUAUCAAUUGAAAAACUCUGAAAUUUUAGUCUUGUGCAAUAUUUUAAUAGUGUUUAGAUAGUUUCAUAGAUGACUGUCGAAUUCGUGCAUUUACCCGUUUAUUUCCUAUAUCACAAUGCUUAUGCUAUAACGUCACAGUAAGAAUGUAUUGUUCAAUAACGUCAUUUACGCCGAUUGACCUCUGGUCAAACGGUAUAACUCAUUCAUAAAAAAACCUUGAGAUUGGUCUAUUGAUUUCAUGAAAUUUAGAAAGGAAUGAUGUGUUAAUUAAUUUUUACGUGAAGGUUUGUGGAAUCCAAAGGUAAUUGUGUUAAGUUUAAGGUAGACAUACAAGUAGUAUUUGAUUUAUCAUGUUUAUCACUUAAUUAACUUUCAUUUGAUGACACAAAAUUUCAAUUCAAAAUAUUGCACUAAAUUUCAUUUGUAAUUGCAUGUAUUUUACAUUACUGGAUAACUUCAAUGAAGUAGUAGGCCAACAAUAUUAUAACUUAUCAGCAAGAGGCAAGUUAUAAUCGUCCUUGAAAUUUGGGGAUUUUAAAAAAAAAAUUUUUUUUUUAUAUGUAGUAAGGUUUGUUUGAUUAGAACAUGCACAACACCUAAUGAAGGCACUUUCAAAAUAGGAAACCAUCUAUAUAUGGAAUUUUAGAAUUAAAUAGUUUUUGAUACUCAUCAAUAGUUGAGAUUCCUUCCCUUGUUAUCUGUGUAUGAUUUAGACUAAACAACCUUAAGCGAGUGUGUGACACUGAUACCACUUUAAUCAUGUAUACACAGUAUAUAAGUGUGCUAUGACUGGUUUUAUUAUCAGGUAAUUUGUUAAUCUAUAUGUUCAUUGAAUAUACAUAUGUUGAUAUAAUAAAAAUACAAAUGAUAGAA